AUGUCGACGCCGCCCAGCGGCUCUGAUGCCGGUCCGUCGGGCCUGACGCGGCGUCCCUCGAGGAGCGCGGCGAUGAUGACCGCGUUCUCACAGGAGGUCUUUGACAACGAGGUUGUUCCGUCAUCUCUUGGCAGCAUCACCCCGAUCCUUCGAGUCGCUGCCGAGCUCGAUACGGAACGCCCACGCGUUGCUUAUCUGUGUGAGUGCAUUUUGGUCGUUACCAUUGCUCAUUUCACGCGUCGUCUUCUUCCUCUUUGGCUUCUGGAUAUUCUUUUAUUACAGUCGUGCAAAUUUUAUCCACAUAAUGUUGGUGUCCAUUUUUCUGCCUCCUUUUGUUGGAUGUAAAGGCCGAUUUUAUGCAUUCGAGAAGGCUCACCGUCUAGAUCCCAGCUCCAGUGGUCGUGGAGUUCGACAAUUCAAGACCUCUCUACUCCAGAGACUGGAGCGGGUGAGUGGGAUCUGUAUUUAUUCGUGCAUGAUUAUUAAAACCUGUUAGGAUUUAAUGUUUGGAAUCAAACGAACGAAAGAAAUCCUUUCAUGUCGAGAACAAUUCAGACUAUCCGACAGUCACGCUCAAUAUGUAUUAGGCUUAGCGGCUUCGAGUCUACUCGCAACUGAGUCUAUGUAGGGGACGACGAACGCGGCCGUGGUUUCUCAGGUUCACGCCCCCGAGGUUGAGAAAAAAUGGCUCCCAAGUGUCAACCCGGUGCCAGUCAACAUAGGCUUUUAUUUCCAAUUUUCUCGGUGACGAGAACAGUCGGGCCUUUUCGUACCGCGAGCAGGCAUAUUUAUGCACCGUACCGUUAGUCUGGCGUGUUUUCUCUAAAGGAGAGCACUCGGCUCGACGCCCAUUUUCCAUAGAGCCUAAUGUCAUGAACUAGUCGUUCGAACCAUCCAAUCACUCGGGGCACGCUCUUCCGUGUUGUUCUUGACGGUUGAUAUUUGAUCACCACAAAGCGAUUUGGUACUUCACGUGCUUCCGAAAUUCAUUUAAUUUUUUACAUGAAAAUGUGGAAACUGCGGACGGUUUCACCUGCUUCGCCUUUCAUUUUUCUCAUCUUUAGCGUUCUAUCUUUUUUCGGUUUUGCUGAUUGCUCACUUGGAUUUCUGCCCAUCAUCAAUUGAAUGGUACUUCUGAUGACUCGGUUUUAUACUAAGACCGACGUGUUUCAUUUCACUUACUGAAGGAAAACGAUGUGCACUCCAAAAUAUUUCGACACAUCACAAUUCAGACGUGAACGCAUUUAUUCUCACCAAAAUGGUCAUGUGUAAUGUUAAUCACGGCGAAUUAUGGUUUAAUUUCGCAAUGCUUAUUUGUGUCCUCAUUCCUUUUUUUUCGAUGAACUUUUGUCGAUGAGAAUACCGACUAUUUUUACUAGUGAGCAUCAGUAGAAAUUGUGCCAUCAAAGCAAUAAUACUUAAUAUAUUUCCCGAAAGUAAAAGUAAUUUCUGAGACUCGAGUGUACCAUCUCAUUUGCGUUACAUUUCGGAGAUUGUGACAGGACAACGGACCAAGUCUCACAGCGAGAGUUAAAAAGAGUGAUGCCAGAGAAAUCGAGAGUUUCUAUCAACAAUAUUACGAACAUUAUGUUAGAGCUCUGGACAAAGGGGAACAAGCAGAUAGGUUAGCAAUAUCCGUGCAUCUCCACAUCACCAAAAUGCAACUUUAUUUUUUGAGAUGAAAUUGUGGCUCUCUAUUUUCAUUUGUGUAGAGCCCAACUUGGGAAAGCUUAUCAAACAGCUGGGGUGCUAUUUGAAGUUCUCUGUGCGGUUAAUAAAACAGAAAAAGUGGAGGAAGUUGCUCCAGAGGUUGGCCUCGUUACUUUUCGAUCUUUCUUCAAAGCUUUUUCACUCUUAAUGUACCGUUGACCUUUCAUAAACUAGAAGUAAAAUUGAUGCUCUGCACUCCUGUCUGACUCGUGGAUUUGUGGGUGCAGAUUAUUGCUGCUGCAAGAGAUGUCCAGGAAAAGAAGGAAAUCUAUGCACCAUACAACAUUCUGCCGCUGGAUGCUGCUGGUGCUUCACAGGCCAUAAUGCAACUCGAAGAAGUAAAAUCACACUGCAUGACUUAAAAAUAAUUCCGAUGAAGGAAAUUAUUGUAAUCAUAUCGGUAAUUAUUCAUUAAUCAGGUAAAGGCAUCUGUUUCUGCACUCAGAAACACGCGUGGUUUGCAGUGGCCUCCUGCCUUUGAGCAGCAGAGACAGAAAACAGGAGAUCUGGAUCUUCUGGAUUGGCUAAGAGCCAUGUUUGGUUUUCAGGUACGGUUUAUAUCCCUUGAAAGAAUACUUUCACUCUGUGAGUUUCCGCAAUCAAACCGAUCCCUGAGGACGCUACUCUGGAUUUAAUAUUGACUUUUUUUCUUAAUUUUCGCAGAAAGAUAGUGUCAGAAACCAAAGAGAGCAUUUAAUUCUGCUUCUCGCAAAUGUCCACAUAAGGCUGGUGCCGAAACCUGAGCCUCUUAACAAGGCACGCAUUCCAUAUCCUGCACAAAUGUAUUUCAUUUCUGAGUUCUUAUGUCUGUGCACCUGCCUUGUCGAGUGAUGACCUAGUUUAUAUAUUAGUAUUAUUUUUGUUCGUAAUUGGUGUGUAUCUGUACCAGCAGAAGCAUUUAGAUACAACGCUAUCUGAAUUUGAAUUUUUUUUCCCUUGGUGGUUUUAACAAUUAAUCAACGACUGACUCAGUCGGUAGUGCACGUAUUAACCAUCUGUUUUCUUACUCAUGUUUUAUAUGUCACCUUUGAAAAUUAUAUAUCUGCUGGAAAUAUUUUGGCAUUUUCCGAAAUAAGUUUUAUGCGGAAAAAAAACAUUUUAUAAAUUAGAAACUGCAGUAGUUUAGGGUAUGACUAAUAGGCAAGAAAAGCGCAAUAGUAGAUGAUCGUCCCUUAUUUAAGACGAGAAUUCACACCAGUCAACUGAUCCAUGAAAAAAUGGAUUUUCUGAUUGGUAGCCUGGAGAAAGUCCCGCUAUUAAAGAGGGAAAGCAAUCAACCGUGAACGUAGCAAUUAUAGGAUUUGCAUCUUUUCUGACUACUAUAACCAAUGCCUACACUCAAAUCCACAGAACUCGUUAUUCGUUUGGAACUUAUUUUGCCACAUUAAACUAUUAUAAUGAAAUAAAAUAUAUCUGUCACCGGUGCUUCUGACUGAUUUUGAAAAUUUCAUUCAGGUAAGUUCUGAAAAGAAUUUAAUGAAUCUUUAAAUUAGUGUAACAUUGGAAGCACCACGGGAAGAACAAUUACUCUCGAAUAUAUGGAUAUGUAUGUUCCGAUUAAUGAAGGAAAAACUCAGGUCUACGUAGCAACUAUCGUACAAUAUGCUACUCUAUUAACACCUAAUCAAUUAUUUUUCGUGAAUCUUUUCCUACUGUGUGCUAUUAUUUCACUCUAAUCUCAUUGCCCAUGUUAUUAAUAAAUGCUUUUGUUCAGUUGGAUGAUCGAGCUGUGGAUGCUGUCAUGAGCAAACUGUUUAAAAACUACAAAACAUGGUGCAAGUUUUUGGGGCGCAAACAUAGUUUAAGGUACGACAAACUUGUGCGUAUAUUUGUAUUUUCACCGAAGAAGGCUUUAUAAUGUCACGUUUUCUAUUUACACUCGAUAUUAUCUUUGGUCUUAGGCUUCCUCAAGGUCAACCUGAAGUACAACAGAGAAAGAUCCUAUACAUGGGUCUGUACCUUCUGAUUUGGGGUGAAGCUGCUAAUGCCCGAUUUAUGCCAGAAUGUCUAUGCUACAUCUUUCACAAUGUAAGACUUCCUCCUUUAACAUCCCUUUUGACAGAUUCCCCUAUCUAUUGCAUUCUUUUUUCCCAGGAAGACGUUUACACUUCAGUCCAUUAUUUCAGAUGGCAUAUGAACUUCAUGGUCUCCUGGCCGGAAAUGUCAGCAUAGUGACUGGAGAAAAUAUUAAACCUUCGUACGGCGGGGACGAUGAGGCAUUCCUGAGAAAAGUCGUAACUCCAAUAUACCGCGUGAUAGAGAAGGUAAUUUAUACCGCGGAAACCAUUUACCGUAAAUGCUUGCAUGAUAUUUCAGUCCCUUUUUCUCAAAUAACAGCAACAUUGCGGUGCCUUUACAGGAAUCCAAGAAAAGCAAAAAUGGAAAAGCCCCUCAUUCAGCUUGGUGCAACUACGAUGAUCUCAAUGAAUAUUUCUGGUCUGCUGAGAUGGGGAGGGGAUCGAAUGAUUCUUCCAAUUAAUGAGUUAGUUGUGUUUUACUUAUUCUCACUCUCUGCUUACCAUUCUCCUUCGUGAUACGCAGGUCUGAUGAUUGUUUCUCUUUGGGAUGGCCAAUGCAUGAUGACGGUGAAUUUUUCAAAUCUACUCAUGAAUCUAGACCUCUAGCUCAGGUAUUAUGAAAACUUUAAGCUGAUACUCUUUUAAAUUCUUGCAUUUAUUAUCACUUGCUACAAUUUUAAUAGAUAGGUAGGACACCCUCCUCGCAGAAACACCGGUAAAAGUACGGGGAAAACAAAUUUUGUUGAGACCAGGACGUUUUGGCAUAUAUUUAGGAGUUUCGAUCGGUUGUGGACAUUCUAUAUUUUGGCAUUGCAGGUAUUUAUCUCAAAGUUAUAUUGAAUUUUAAGUUAAUAGUCACUUCUUGAUGAGACUGAUAGCUUGCUUUCCCUGUAGGCGAUGGUGAUCGUAGCAUGGAGUGUUUCUUCACUAAAGGAUAUUUUUCGAAAACAUAUACUCUAUUCUGUUUCUAGCAUUUUUAUUUCGGCAGCCUUCCUCCGCUUACUCCAAAGUAUUACCUCUUUCACAUAAAUUACUUCCUUUUUCUUCUCUGUUAAGUCAUUGUAGAGUUUGCUAAUAUAAGGAAGGACUCACUGUCAUGAUAUUUCCUUGAUAUAAAAUCUAUGGUAAAAAACGUAUACAAUGAAAAACAUCUAUUAUAAAUUUCGAGACAAACAGGGAACAAGAUAGAAAAAUUAUCUUGAAAGAGUGAACCUGAAUAUCAGUUGCCAAAAGGAUCACUAGGAGUAUUAUGGAUAUCUUUACUUGUCAGUUGUGUCCGGUUAUGCUUCCAUUUCCAUGAGUGCUCGCCAGGUAUGAUUUCAUAGGUAUCUUUCAUUUCAUAAAAGCCUCCUCUUGCCAUACCCACUGAAUUCUAUCAGCAAAAAAUUGGGUUCGGGCCUUGGCUCACAGAAAAUUAUCUAUUGUAUAUUUAUUUGACGUGGUCAAAUAUUCGAGUACCGACUUCUAAAUCCUAAGACAACCUAAAAUGAUGAGACAAUUUCGUUAAAAAUAUGAUUUAUCUACAGCAUUUAUUCAUUCCAUCCGAAUUCAUGUAGAUAUCUGAUGUCAUUUUGGUUAUCUUCUCAUUACAUGGGAUUAUAUGUUUACUUAUUAAUUCAUUUUCCUAUUUCAUCUCUUCACUGAAGAUUUUGCGUCACCAGUUUAAUCUUGAUACGUGACGUUAAUAAAUAUUAUUUAAUGGAAUAUUAUAACUGAUUCGUUUAAUCCAUAAAUCUAUGCUUCUAUUCUCGAUCCUCUCGGAAUGUCCCCUAACGGUUUUUUAUUUUAUGGCAGGCAUUCUGGACUUUGUCGUAAACUUCCCUGGUUACCAUAGAUGGAAAUUUACUGAUGUGCUGAGGAACGUUCUAAAGAUAAUAGUCAGCCUUACCUGGGUCGUUAUCCUUCCUCUUUGCUACUUGAAGUCCUUUGAGGCGGUCCCGGUCCCUGCGCCUUUGAGAGAUAUAACAAAGCGGCUCCGCCAACUGAAAGGCGUGCCACCCGUAUAUAUCAUGGCUGUCGUGCUAUACUUGUUGCCAAAUGUAUUGGCAGGGAUGCUGUUUAUAUUUCCAUUGCUUAGGCGUUGGAUUGAAAACUCUGAUUGGCACCUUCUGAGGUUUCUUUUAUGGUGGUCCCAGGUAUCUCUCUUCCUCUUUCUUGCCCCACGGCGUCAUGCCGCAGCUGUCUUGUUCUUUUCGAGAAAAUUUCGGUCUUUUUUUUAAAGUCUCUUCACAUUGUGUCACAGGAACCCUUUGAAAGAUGGAUGUGCCAUAUUACAUACCUCUGAAUCAUUUAACAAUUUAUUCUCCAUGUGAAUAAGUAAAAAAAUUAAAUAUAAUUGUAGACAACGAAGGGUGUGCAUCCUGGUAAUUUUGGGCUCUAUGCUGGGAGCAUUUCAACCACCGACCACUUGGCAAAGGAAAGAAAUAUUUAUUACCCACAUUAGCGCAUCCCCAAGUUAUCGGAUUCUGACACUUUUUAUUUAUGAGCAUUCCAGAAAAAAAACAUAUUUUAUUUGUAUCAUCGAUAAAAUAAAAUGUGCUAAAUCAUAAAUUCAUGACAUCUAUUUGAUUUUUUUAAUUUGGUACCCUGGUCAUAAUUUCCCCGUAAGUUUCCUCAUUAUCAUGGUUUUUCUAUCAUUUAAUGGUUUACGGUUAAUUUGGUUUUUUUAUUAAGUCAAAUUUGAUAAUAUUAUUUUCAGCCACGAAUUUAUGUUGCAAGAGGAAUGCAUGAAAGUCAAUUUGCACUUUUUAAGUAAGUUCUAAAGGAAAUCACAUUUUCAGAUCAACUUUCGUCUCCAUUCUAACUUCGUACAAUUAAUUUAAGUGAAUUUCUGGUGUUGCAGGUAUACUUUAUUCUGGGUACUGCUUUUGUGUUCCAAAUUUGCGUUCAGCUUCUUCAUUCAGGUAAUCCUCUCUCUCUCUUUCAUGUUCAUGUGUAUUCUUGUGCGGGGGGAUAUGUUAUAAUAUCCAAAAGUUUUACGAAGAGGAAACAUAUCCUGGGGAUUGACUGCAACUUUAUUCUCACAGAUAAAACCCUUGGUAAACCCAACGAAAGAUAUAAUGAAGGUCCACCAUGUCAAUUACGCUUGGCACGAGUUUUUCCCUGAUGGUAAUAUUUUGUAUUUUAAAACAAUAUCACUUUAAUAAAAUUUUAAUACGAUUUAUUUGUAAUAACUUUUCAACGCAGCUUCAAGUAACAUAGGUGCAGUUGUUGCACUGUGGGCGCCGGUGAUACUGGUGCGCUAUAUUUUUCACGACUUCGUAAAAAUGCAUUCUUUUUAUGACAAAAAAACCAUUUUUUAUUGAAUCCCCUUUUCAUUGUACGCAGGUUUAUUUUAUGGAUACUCAGAUAUGGUACUCGAUAUUUUCUACCUUGUGCGGUGGAUUUUCUGGUGCUUUUGGUCGACUCGGAGAGGUGAAGAUCUGUAAUUAUACAUGCAUAUUAUGUUGUUGUUUUCUGGUAAUGGGAUAAAAGAUAUAAUUAUGAAUAUUAUUAUUGAAAAAUUCCUUUAUGCAGAUACGAACAUUAGGCAUGCUAAGAUCCCGAUUUCAAUCAUUGCCUGGAGCCUUCAACUCAUAUUUGGUGCCAUCAGAAAAGUCUCGAAAGAGGGGAUUUUCUCUGUCAAAACGCUUUGCUGAGGUACUAUCAAUAGAAAAAAAAAAAUGCAUUCGUGUUCUCAUGCACAAUUUUCUCUCUCCUUUUAUUUAAACAUAUUACGUUGACAUCUCAGGCUUCCCCUGGCAAGAGAACUGAGGCUGCGAAAUUUGCUCAAUUGUGGAAUGAAGUUAUUUGUAGCUUCAGAGAGGAAGAUCUUAUCAGUGAUAGGAAAUUCUUCCUUGUCUAUUAACACUUUUUUUUUACACGUACGUUUAUUUCUUGUGAUUCCCAGUUAUUGAAAAUUUUCUUCUUCUAUGAUCCAGGGAAAUGGACCUUAUGCUAGUUCCUUACUCAUCCGAUCCGAGCCUGAACCUCAUACAAUGGCCACCCUUUUUGCUAGCCAGCAAGGUCGUUGGGAAAUUUUGCUAUUGCUCUCGUGCUCGUGUUCCACUUCCACGACUUAAAUGGUCUUAAACAUCCAUGCAGAUUCCCAUUGCUCUGGAUAUGGCAGCUCAGUUUCGAUCCAAGGACUCUGACCUGUGGAGGCGCAUCUGUUCUGACGAAUAUAUGAAAUGUGCUGUCCUGGAAUGUUACGAGUCUUUCAAACUUGUUCUGAAUCUCUUGGUCGUCGGGGAAAAUGAGAAUAGGUAUUUUUUUACGUUAUUCAACACAACGUUAGGGUUCAUUACGACGAACUCUUUUUUAUCUUGUUAUCGUUUUCGUUACUAUUUUUUCUUAAAGUUUUUUUAUCACAUAAUAUUAUAGCUGCAUAUACCCCAAUGUUUCUAGAACGUAUUCCCUUGGAAUCUAAGAAUCAUCGAUGAUUUCAAUAUCCGUAAAAGCUCAAAAUAUGAGGAAGCUUGUCAUUGCCAGGCCAUUUCUUACGCACGCUUCAAAUGUACACGAGCUUAUGAUUUCUAAUAUUUCUAUUACAGGAUAAUUGGCAUCAUCAUCAAAGAAGUUGAGCUCAACAUCUCAAGGAACACGUUUCUGGCUAAUUUCAGAAUGCGUGCUCUGCCUUUGCUUGUCAGGAAAUUUGUGGAGCUUGUUGGCAUUUUAGUGAGUCAUGUUUCCCUGUUUUUAAAUAGUCAAGAAAUUGAAAGUCGGCUCUGUGUACUUUUCCAUGCUCACCAUAUAUAUUGACAUAUUUAACUUCAGUUCCUCUUCACGUUUUCCAGAAAGAUGGCGGUUCGUCCAAGCGUGACACCGUCGUAUUAUUACUCCAAGACAUGCUGGAAGUGGUCACCCGGGAUAUGAUGGUGAAUGAGAUACGGUCCGUGAUGAGCUCAUAUGUUUGAUGCUCAGCAUGUUUACACAAAUAAACUAACUGCCACCGAUUUACUUGCUUGUCUUGUUUACAGCGAAUUGGCUGAGCUUGGACAUGGCUACAAGGAUUCUGUUCCCAGGAGGCAGCUUUUUGCAGGCACGGGUUCGAGGCCUGCUGUUGUGUUACCUGACGUAAUUACACCGCAGUGGGAAGAGCAGGUAUGGAAGGAAUCGAUAUCAUUUCCAUUGACAAUGAUAGGAAGAAGCUAGAAGCUCACGAUGUUGAAAAUUGAAAUUAUUUCGCAGAUAAAACGGCUAUACCUUUUAUUGACCGUAAGAGAGUCCGCUAUUGACGUCCCAACAAACCUUGAAGCGCGAAGGCGAAUAGCAUUCUUCUCUAAUUCGUUGUUCAUGGACAUGCCGCGUGCUCCCAGGGUCCGCAAAAUGCUCUCAUUCAGGUAAACGCUUCCUGAAUUCGUAGAAAAUACUCUAGCGAUCUGUAGUUCUCGCCAAGUAAUAAUUUGUGUAGUCUAUCAUCUUUGGCCCUCUCAACCUCUGUCGUUUGGUUUGCUAGUCGUUUCGCUAAGCCACAAAAAAGCAACGUUAUUUUCUUCCCGUUUCAUCCCAGAAAUUUCUUUUGGAGCAAGCUGUUUCUUGCCGCUGAAUAAUCCAAGAAGUCACGAUCCCUAUUAUCUGGUCAUGCGAUUUGAUUCAUCUUUAAAUAAAAAAAUACAAAAAAUAUGUUAAAAUGAUAAUGUCGUAGAAGCAAGUCAUAUAAUUUUAUAUCCUUCAGCUGGCAACAGUGGUCAGGGUCCUAAUAAAUUUGGCAUGUCUUUUGCAGUGUCUUGACCCCAUACUACAGUGAAGAAACUGUCUAUUCUAAGAACGAUCUCGAACUGGAGAAUGAAGAUGGUGUAUCGAUCAUAUUCUACCUACAAAAGAUCUUCCCAGGUUUGUAUUUUAUUUUCUCUUAUUUUAUCAUCACACUGCAAGGAUAUAAUCUUUCUGUCGAACUUUUUUAUUGGCUAAAUCACUGUACCGGCUAUUUAAUAUAACUAUCACAGAUGAAUGGAACAACUUUAAGGAACGACUAAAUUGUGAAUCAGAAAGUGAGAUAUGGGGUAAUGAAGAGAAUGUCUUGCACCUUCGUCACUGGGCGUCAUUAAGAGGACAAACACUAUGCAGAACAGGUAGCUCUACAGAAAAUUCUCUCUUCCGUUUGGUUUCUAAGCACACUAUUGACCCGUAAAAGAUGUUCACAACUACUUUGAUCCUGCAGUGAGGGGGAUGAUGUACUAUCAUAGAGCAUUGAAGCUCCAGGCUUUUCUUGAUAUGGCGUCCGAAAGUGGUAAGAAAGCGGAAAAUCUUGUCUUUGUCGAAGUUGGUAAGCAUUUGAUUCGUGAAAUUCCUGUAAAUUUCCAGAGAUCCUGGAGGGUUAUAAAGCUGUCACCGAUCCAUCCGAAGAAGAGAAGAAGAGCCAGAGAUCUCUGUGCGCACAACUGGAAGCUGUGGCAGACAUGAAAUUCACAUACGUUGCCACCUGUCAAAACUACGGCAAUCAAAGACAAUGCGGGGAUCGCCGAGCAACUGACAUCUUGAACUUGAUGGUUAAGUAUGUUUACGUUUCCAUCGCAUUAUUUCUGAGACACCGUGAUAUCCACAUUCCUGCCUUCGAUCCAUCACGCAACAUCAUCAGUAUUUAUGAAGUGAUAGUGAUGUUAACAAAAACGAGAAUUAGACAAAAAAACGUUAUUUUUUUUUUCAUUUCCACAUGCCUCUAAAUUUUGAAUAAUAGAUUUAUAAUGAUAAGAAAAUAAGCCAUAGGCUGUUGACAAGUGAAUACACCGUUCAGGACUGAUGGCUUCGAACCCUUUUGUACAGUUAUCCAUCUCUGCGUGUCGCAUACAUCGAUGAAGUCGAAGAAAGAGAAGGCGGGGUGGUGCAGAAAGUCUACUACUCGGUCCUGGUUAAGGCAGUUGAAAAUCUUGAUCAGGUAUUCUAUCUUGGUAAUUCAGAUUCGCCGAUUGAGUCCAAAAUUACUUAAGUAUGAUUUGUUGGAUAGGAAAUCUACCGGAUAAAGUUACCCGGUACGGCAAAAUUAGGUGAAGGAAAGCCAGAAAAUCAGAAUCAUGCUAUAAUCUUCACUCGAGGGGAGGCACUCCAAACCAUUGAUAUGAACCAGGUUUGCUGUGGGCCCGGGCUUGACGUGUUACCUCCUGCCCCUCUUCCUAACGUUAAUUUUCCUGGUAUCCAUGCGGAAAAUGUUGCAGGACAACUACAUGGAAGAAGCUCUUAAGAUGAGGAAUCUUUUGGAGGAAUUUAAUGAAGAUCACGGUGUACGUCCCCCAACAAUCCUGGGAGUCCGCGAGCAUAUAUUUACUGGGGGGUCAGCCAUCUCUCUCUCUCUCGUGAGACUUUAAACCGUUCUUCUUCGUUUGAAGAUACUCGAUAUUGAUGGUCUCUUCGAUCACACUAUGCAGCGUAUCGUCUUUAGCGUGGUUCAUGUCCAACCAGGAGACGAGCUUUGUCACAAUCGGGCAACGAGUCCUUGCAAGCCCUUUAAAGUGAGUAGUUCCUGCCAUCACGAAAUAAAAAGUCAUACAUAAUCGCUUGAUACCUUGUCUCCUCCCUCGGAAUAUACACGAUAUGCCGUUGACCUGAGACUGCUCUUAAACUUAGUUUUGCUAAAAAGAGAGACCCAUCCGAGAGACAUCCGGUUUCUCAGUCAAACCACAUCUUUUAGCAAAAAAGGGAAAAAAAUCGUCACAAUGGGCACCAUGCCGAUUGAAUUAGUUCAACCAGCGUGUCCGCUGAAAUAAAUGGAGCCAUGAAUUUGGUCGCCAUUUUUCGCAAGAACUUUGGUAUUAUUUCAGUCAGAAGCAAGUCAGAAUUGUCAUUAUUCUUUCUUCCUCUGGGCAGGGUUCGGUUUCAUUACGGCCAUCCAGAUGUGUUCGAUAGAAUCUUCCACAUCACCAGAGGAGGUAUCAGCAAGGCUUCUCGCGGCAUCAAUUUAAGCGAGGACAUCUUCGCAGGUGCGCGCCGCCCUUCUUGUCUCCAUUAUUACCCCCAGCUUUCCUUCCCAUCUUACUUUCUCGUUCAGGCUUCAACUCGACGCUGCGGCGUGGAAAUGUCACCCACCACGAGUACAUCCAAGUAGGGAAAGGACGUGAUGUCGGCAUGAACCAAAUCUCUCUCUUCGAGGCAAAGGUAGCCUGCGGCAAUGGCGAGCAGAUACUCAGCAGAGAUAUUUACCGGCUAGGCCAUCGGUUUGACUUUUUCCGCAUGCUCUCCUGCUACUUCACAACGGUGGGAUUUUACGUCAGCUCAAUGGUAGUCCCCCUUCCUUCACAUACCGCAUUUUACGCAUCAAAUUCCUCUCGUGGAAACUUGAAUCGUAGACAUUCCAUUUUUCCAUUUUUCCCCCGGGGGGAGGAUAUGACGGACUAAGAAAGUCAACGGUACAGAUCAUGUAGACUAAUGAUACAAAUAAUUUUCCCCUUUACGUUGACUUCAUCUGAAUUUAGCUCCACUUGAAUUGGCAGAUGGUCGUCCUCAUAGUGUACGUCUUCCUUUACGGCAAGCUCUACUUGACGCUGAGCGGGUUGGAAAGGGCGAUCGUGAAGCAAGCCAGGUCGAGAGGAAACAACCCUCUCGAGGCGGCCAUGGCGUCCCAGUCCCUCGUUCAGAUAGGCCUCCUCAUGGCCCUGCCGAUGGUCAUGGAAAUCGGGCUGGAGAGAGGCUUCAGGACCGCCCUCGGCGACAUCGUCAUCAUGCAGCUCCAGCUCUGCGCCGUCUUCUUCACCUUCUCUCUCGGCACGAAGACCCACUACUUCGGCCGCACGGUGCUCCACGGCGGCGCCAAGUACCGCGCCACGGGGCGUGGCUUCGUGGUGCGGCACGAGAAGUUCGCCGAGAACUACAGGAUGUACUCGAGGAGCCACUUCGUGAAGGGCCUCGAGUUGAUGACCCUCCUGAUAGCCUACCAGAUCUACGGCUCCGUGGCGACGAGCACUGCCUCGUACCUGCUCAUCACCUCGUCGCUCUGGUUCCUGGUGGUCUCCUGGCUCUUCGCGCCCUUCCUAUUCAACCCCUCGGGAUUCGAGUGGCAGAAGAUCGUGGAUGACUGGGAGGACUGGGCCAAGUGGAUAAGCAGCCGGGGGGGAAUCGGCGUCCCGGCGAACAAGAGCUGGGAGUCGUGGUGGGAGGAGGAGCAGGAGCACCUCCAGUACACGGGAUUUCUCGGUCUCUUCUGGGAGAUCGUCCUCUCUCUCCGCUUCGUCAUCUACCAGUACGGGAUCGUCUAUCAUCUCCACGUCGCAAAUGGCGACACCAGCAUCAUGGUGAGUUCAAUAUCUCUGCAAGAUUUCUUCGGCUCACAUAGCUUCUGCACGGUUCCAUGGGGUUGUUUAGUUUGGAGAACAUUACACGAAUUUUGUCUCUCUUCCUCAGGUUUAUGGCCUCUCCUGGCUGGUGAUUCUUGCGGUGAUGGUUAUCUUAAAGGUACGAAAAAUCGCAACUUUACCCGGAGUUUGACUCUCUCGAUCUCUCCUUCUCAAGUUGUUCGAAACGGGGCUUCUGUUGCAGGUUGUGUCCAUGGGGAGGAAGAAAUUCAGCGCUGACUUCCAGCUCAUGUUCCGACUUCUCAAGCUGAUCAUGUUUCUGGGCUCCGUCGGAACUCUGGGGAUCCUCUUCACCUUCCUUAAUCUCACCGUGGCCGAUAUCUUCGCCAGCGUCUUGGCCUUCAUGCCCACGGGAUGGGCACUGCUUCAGGUAAACUUGUAACAAUGUGGCCUCAUAACUACUUCUUCCUCUGCCUCCAUAUCCAAGGCGCCCUCAUGUCUGCCCUUCCUCUCUCUCUCUCUCUCUCCCUCUCCCUGCGCGAGCUGGAGCAGAUAGCGCAGGCGUGCAGGCCAGCGAUGAAGGCCCUGGGGCUGUGGGGCUCGGUGAAGGCCCUGGCCAGGGGCUACGAGUACAUGAUGGGGCUCGUCAUCUUUGCCCCCGUCGCCGUCUUGGCCUGGUUCCCCUUCGUCUCCGAGUUCCAGACCCGCCUCCUCUACAACCAGGCCUUCAGCAGAGGCCUCCAGAUAUCCCGCAUCCUCGCAGGCGGAAAGAAGUACAAGUAA